AAGCUUUCAAGAUCAACGCUGCUGCUGCUACAAAAAAGUAUACUAUAACACCCCGUAUUGAUUAUCGUACGGUUGUUAGCGUAAAUGGACCUUUAGUAGUAUUGGAUAAUGUCAAAUUUCCAAAGUUCGCGGAAAUUGUAAAUUUGACAUUACCUGAUGGUUCAAUUCGAGCUGGGCAAGUUUUAGAAGUUCAAGGAAAGAAGGCAAUAGUUCAGAUUCCGGUAUCUGAAGACAUGUUGGGUCGUAUAUUCAAUGGUUCAGGGAAAGCCAUUGAUAAAGGUCCCAAAGUUUUUGCUGAGGAGUUCUUAGAUAUAAAUGGAUCUCCUAUCAAUCCUUAUUCACGUAUUUACCCGGAAGAAAUGAUUCAAACCGGUAUUUCUGCCAUAGAUACUAUGAAUUCAAUUGCACGUGGACAAAAGAUCCCAAUAUUUUCAGCAGCUGGAUUACCACAUAAUGAAAUUGCGGCUCAAAUUUGUCGUCAAGCAGGCCUUGUCAAAAAAGAUUUUGACAAAGGAAUAUAUGAUUCCCAUGAAGAUAAUUUUUCAAUUGUAUUUGCUGCUAUGGGAGUUAAUAUGGAAACCGCGAGAUUCUUUAAACAAGACUUUGAAGAAAAUGGAUCAAUUGAACGAGUCACGCUUUUUUUGAAUUUGGCCAAUGAUCCAACUAUCGAACGUAUAGUUACCCCACGAUUGGCUCUUACUACUGCAGAAUAUUAUGCCUAUCAAUUAGAAAAACAUGUGUUGGUUAUUUUAACUGACAUGAGUUCAUAUGCUGACGCUUUACGAGAAGUUUCAGCUGCACGUGAAGAAGUACCUGGUCGUCGUGGAUAUCCUGGUUAUAUGUAUACCGAUUUAUCUACGAUAUAUGAACGUGCAGGUCGUGUUGAAGGAAGAAACGGGAGUAUCACUCAAAUUCCUAUUUUAACUAUGCCUAAUGAUGGAUAUAUUACGGAAGGACAAAUUUUUAUUGACCGUCAAUUACAUAAUCGUCAAAUAUAUCCACCUAUAAACGUUUUACCAUCACUCUCUCGAUUGAUGAAAUCUGCUAUUGGGGAAGGUAUGACAAGGAAAGAUCACGGAGACGUUUCUAAUCAACUUUACGCUAAAUAUGCCAUCGGUAGGGAUGCAGCUUCGAUGAAAGCAGUGGUGGGAGAAGAAGCUCUUAAUCAAGAAGAUAAACUCUCUUUGGAAUUUUUAGAAAAAACAAUUUAUGAAUCAUUAGAUCAAGCGUGGUCAAUUCUUCGUAUUUUCCCUAAAGAAAUGUUAAAUCGUAUACCUCAAAAAGUUUUACAAGAAUUUUAUCAACGUGAUAGAAAAGCCAAAGGAACUUAUAAGAGUAAAACUACUUUGGUUGAUGUGGGAGAUGAAUGA